GCUACAUCAAUUUAUUAGUUUGGUCAUCUCAUUUAUUAAGCCCUCAGUCUCUGUUAGAUCUUGUGCUAGGGAAUUAGUUGAUCUUAAAUCCAGUACUUUAUUUUUCACCGAAGGAAAAAGUUCACAGCUUUAUUAAAUCUCAGGUAUAUGCCAGCGCUUCAGAAAGGUAAUUCUCAGAAACUGAACUAAAAAUCGCCUUGAAAGGAACCCAGAUUAGGUGGGAAGGUGAGAAGGGCUGGGCAUUGUGUCCCUAGGGUGUGAAGAAGCGAGCUCCUGGCCUCUGCCUAUUGAUUGGCGUUUAGAACUCUCCCAGGGAUUAUUGCUAGCUGGUGGCUAAAUAGGACGCAGGAAUUACCACCCUCUUUUUGAGUUAAAUGACGUGCUGAAAAGCGGCCAGAGCUCCCUUCCCCCUCCGGGCCGAAGGCUUCAUCCUGAUGUGUUCUGGCUACAUCCUGCGCCUUGACGCUCUUCAGGGCACUCAUGGCCGAAGUAGGGCCUCACCUGCUGCAGGUGUCCCCAGGUAGUCCAGCGGUGUGGCUGCCCCACUCUCUUCCCGGCCCACAGACCAGGGCCGGCGACUCGGACAUUGGCCCCGGGGAGAUUAGGCGCCUUGGUGAGCCGGAGCCCACUGGCGCUGCGCCAGGGCGAGGGCAACCUGCGGGAGAGAGGCCGCGCCUCCUCCCGGAACUGGCGGGUGCGGCCGGGCGCGGGGAGCGGCGGGAGCCUGGCCGCCGAGCGACUGGGGCCAUGGAAGUCCUUCCCGCUGGCGGGGGCCGGACCGGACGCCAGGAGCCUGAGCCCAGGCCGGAGGAGGUGGCGGAAGAAGCGGUUCCUGAAGUGGCGGGAGCCCCUUCCCUGAGCGGGGCGCCCCCGGAGGGGCAGCCGCAGGGCUCCCGGGAGCCCUGGGAGGGCGAGGAAGACUCGGAGCCGGGCGAUCCGCGGGGCGGCAGGACGAGCCGCACGGCGUCCCUGGUGAGCGGGCUGCUCACCGAGCUGUACAGCUGCACCGAGGAAGACGAGGCGGCCGGCGGGGGCCGCUGGCCCGAGGACCGCCAGCAACGUCGCGACAGCCUCGACAGCUCCACGGAGGCCUCUGGCUCCGACGUGGUCCUGGGCGGCCGCGGGGGCGCGGGCGACUCCCGAGUACUGCUGGAGCUGCAGGAGCGGCCGAGCCAGCAGCACCAAAGGCAGUACCUGCUGCAGAAAGACACUAAUGAACUGAAGACGAUCCUUCGAGAGCUGAAGUACAGAAUCGGCAUUCAGUCCGCGAAGUUACUUCGGCAGCUGAAGCAGAAAGAUAGGCUUCUGCAUAAAGUGCAGAAGAACUGCGAUGUUGUGACUGCAUGCUUGCAGGCCGUGUCACAGAAGAGAAGAGUUGACACAAAGUUGAAGUUCACUCUUGAGCCAUCUUUAGGUCAAAAUGGUUUUCAGCAGUGGUAUGAUGCUCUUAAGGCAGUUGCCAGACUAUCAACGGGAAUACCAAAGGAAUGGAGGAGAAAGGUUUGGUUGACCUUGGCAGAUCAUUAUUUGCACAGUAUAGCCAUUGAUUGGGACAAAACCAUGCGCUUCACUUUCAAUGAAAGGAGUAAUCCUGACGAUGACUCGAUGGGAAUUCAGAUAGUUAAGGAUCUUCACCGCACAGGCUGCAGUUCUUACUGUGGCCAGGAGGCUGAGCAGGACAGGGUUGUGCUGAAGCGGGUCCUUUUGGCCUAUGCCCGAUGGAACAAGAAUGUUGGGUACUGCCAAGGCUUUAACAUCCUGGCUGCACUAAUUCUGGAAGUGGUGGAAGGCAACGAAGGGGAUGCACUGAAAAUUAUGAUUUACCUUAUUGAUAAGGUACUUCCUGAAAGCUAUUUUGUCAAUAAUCUCCGGGCAUUGUCUGUGGAUAUGGCCGUCUUCAGAGACCUCUUGAGACUGAAACUUCCUGAAUUAUCUCAGCACCUGGAUAUUCUUCAGAGAACAGCAAACAAGGAGAGUGGAGGUGGAUAUGAGCCCCCACUUACGAAUGUCUUCACGAUGCAGUGGUUUCUGACACUCUUCGCUACGUGCCUCCCUAACCAUACUGUUUUAAAGAUUUGGGAUUCGGUCUUCUUUGAAGGUUCGGAAAUCAUCCUAAGGGUGUCGCUGGCUAUCUGGGCAAAAUUAGGAGAGCAUAUAGAAUGUUGUGAAACAGCAGACGAGUUCUACAGCACCAUGGGGCGCCUUACCCAGGAGAUGCUGCAGGACGAUCUUCUGGAAAGCCAUGAACUCAUGCAGACUGUCUAUUCUAUGGCUCCAUUUCCCUUCCCACAAUUGGCAGAGUUGAGGGAAAAAUACACAUACAACAUAACACCAUUCCCAGCUACAGUGAAACCCACCUCGGUUUCUGGACGACAUGGUAAGGUCAGAGGUGAUGAAGAAAAUGACCCAGAUGACGAAGACGCUAUUGCUAAUGCAGUGGGGUGUCUUGGACCUUUCAGUGGGCUCCUGGCGCCUGAACUGCAGAAGCACCAAAAGCAAAUUAAAGGACCAAACGAGGAGCAGAGCCUGAGAUCAAGUAACAUUGCAGAGCUGAGUCCAGGAGCCAUCAAUUCGUGUCGAAGUGAGUACCCACGCCGCGUUAACAGUAUGAUGAUGGAACGCAUGACCACAGAUAUCAACGCGCUGAAGCGGCAGUAUUCUCGGAUUAAAAAGAAGCAGCAGCAGCAGGUUCAUCAGGUGUACAUCAGAGCAGACAAAGGGCCAGUGACCAGCAUUCUGCCAUCUCAGAUAAACAACUCUCCAGUUAUAAACCACCUUCUUUUAGGAAAGAAGAUGAAAAUGUCAAACAGAGCUGCCAAAAAUGCCGUCAUCCACAUCCCUGGUCACACAGGAGGCAAAAUAUCUCCCGUCCCCUAUGAAGACCUUAAGACGAAGCUCAACUCUCCGUGGCGAACUCACAUCCGAGUCCACAAAAAGAACAUGACGAGGACCAAGAGUCAGCUGGCCUGUGGGGACACCAUUGGGCUGAUAGAGGAGCAGAACGAGGGCUGCAAGACUAACAACCUGGGGGCGGCAGAGGCCUUUUCUUCCAGUUGUGUAGCCACAGCUCAAAGAGAAGGUGGCAGCUGCCAAGGCAGCAUGGGGAGGACAAUCGAAGGGCAGUCUCCGGAGCCGGUGUGGGACACCGAUGUGUCUACAGUCCAGGUGAAGUUAGAAACCUUGGAACUGGACCGAAAGGGUACUGCUGCUGAAACUGAGCCCAAUGUGCACCCGCCCUGUCAGCGGUACUUCCGGGAGCCGCUUGAAGCACCUGGAGAAAACAAAACCACCAGCAAACCGCCUCCAGGGGGCCACCUGAAAACUCCCAUCUUUAGCCCCUUUCCCAGCGUCAAGCCACUGCGGAAGUCAGCCACUGCCAGGAAUUUGGGGUUAUAUGGUCCUACAGAAAGAACCCCAACCGUGCACUUUCCUCACAUGAGCAGGAGCUUCAGCAAAUCCGGCGGUGGAAACAGCAGCACUAAGAAACGAUGACAUCUCCCAGCACCUGUGUGUCUGCAUUCACCUCUCCGUGGUGGUAUAAGGGUUCUGGCUGAAUGGCUCCAGAAAGAGUUUCAGUUGUCCAGUGAGAACUGAUGGAUAGGCUCAGAGAUGAGCCACAGUCCGUAAAAAUUGGAACUGACAGUUUUAUAAUGGGAGCUAGAUUAGGGACGUUUUCCCAACCACUGAUAACUGAUACAGUGGAUUCUUGUGGCAAAAUAAAUAUUGUGGUUUUAAAGUGUGAAGUUUUUCCAGUUUUUCCUUUGUGAGCUGUUUAGAAAAGAUUAUGUAUCUAGACUGUUAACCUCCUCCUGUUCUGAGGGCCUUCAGGGUCCCUGUGACACCCCCCCCUCCCUCAAUUCUUCUAGUCCUCUGGGUGUUAUUAAUACUCAAGCAUGCACACACUAGCUUGCUAGAACAGAAACUGUAAAAAGAAUAGGUUUCUUAGUUGCAAAAAACUCCCUGAUGUCCCUCUUUAUGCCCUAUCCGGGAAUGUGUGUGUGUGAGUUUUCCUUCAGUAGUUUCUUUCAGCCAGUCUCAAAAUUGUUUUUUAGUCUCAUGCUAAAGUGCAGGAGAAAAUCUAGGUAGCCUUUCCUUCCCUAUUCUAUUUCUACCCGCGAAAUGAAGAAAACCUUUGUCUGUUGAAAUUUAGGUUGAUCACCAACUUGAAGAUCUUGCGCAGGGAACACAAAUGGGAUAUGCAUUCAGCAACUGCUCUGAACAGCUUGCUAAUUCCAGUAAGCUUCCCCAAGGUUCCUUUUCUCCUCUCACUGGAUGUUUUGGUUCUCAGUGGUGGGAUGGCUCGACGGGCUGGACAUGCAGCUCAUUUACCUCCCAAGCUCUCUAUGGCAGAAGUGGCGAGGCCUGUGCUCAAAAGCGAGAACACAGCACCUGCAACUCUGUUACUUGAAGUUGUGCUUUUUUUGAUUGAAUACGUUGUUACCUGAACACUGCCUUUUUCUGGAGAAGGUCCCAGUGCUUUCUAGCUCUCGCUCACUCACUUCUCACCCCCUCUGCCCCCCCAUCCCAGCAGGUCAGACAGAGACAGACCUGUUAUCUCCACUAUGCAGAUGGGAACUCAGCCACAGAGAGGGGAAGUAGCACUUCAGAUACUCAAGGUAAAUGCUGCCAGCAAUCAACUUAGCCAUGUUUCCUCCCCUGCAAUAGGCGAGUUUAAUGCUCCUUGUACAAAGAUGCAUUGGCUACGUCGGUUCUAGAAACCAAGACUGGGAAGCCAUUCACUGCAGUCCCUCCUGGCUCAAAGGACCUGUCUCCAGACCUUACAGAGUCCUGUGAUGGUGUUUCACAGAACCAACUCUAGCCUUUUUACCAAAAGGCAGUUCAUUGUAAAAAUGCUGCAUGCAGCUGUCAUUUGGCUAAGCAAAAGUCUCACUCCUUAAUCCCCUUCUCCCACUGUCAUGAGAAGAACAGGCUCAGCAUCUUCAUCCUUGUGUGGAAGACCUUGGCUGGGCUUGCGGGCACGUGGUUAAUGUGGCCAACAUUAAUUUGAGCUAAUCAGAUUGUUAAUUCUGAAACCAAAGCUGUAGUUUUAGACAGGGCCUUUACUAUGAGAGGCAUUCAUUUUUAUUAUAAAAUAAUGAGGUUGUGUGUGGGCUUUUUGAAAUAGAAAGCACAAGAAUGACAUGUACAGUGAGAAAAGUCGUUUUAUCCCUCUUGUGAUAUUUUUACAUCCAAAGGAACUAAAAAUGGAAAACAUGACUAAUAAGAUAUUGCAGUUUCAGUCUUGAAUUCUGUUCCGUUGGACGUUAGCAUGUAGCUUCUUAAAAAGCAACCACACCCACAGCCUAUGUCUUGGGAAGGGUGGAGGUGGAGAGUUGGGCUUACUCGGCAGACCUGGGGACUGAGACCCACUGCUUUUCCUAAAGUUAAGCAAAUGACACGAUUUUCUUCCAUCCGCUAAACUUUAUAGGUAAGAAGGAUUCCACCUCAUAUUCUUCUCUCCUCCCCCUUCCCAAAUGAGUCACAGAUAGUCUUGUUCCCCUGGAGGGAUGUCUGACUUGAAUAGAGAAUUGUUCUUUCCUCUCUUGAGUCAGCUCCCAGCUCCCGACUGUCUGAGUCCGAGUCUGGGGGUGGGUAAGAGGUGGAGGCCACUGAUGGCAGUCCUUAGGACGGCGCCACUGCUGUCAACCAACUUUCUCGGUGUUCGCAGCACUUGCCAUACCUAGUUCCCGUGCUGGUCUUCUUGAGAAAGGGAUGGAUGAGAUGGCACAUGGAUUGGGAGGACUAUUUGUUGAAUGAAUAACUGAAAGGAUAAUAGUCUUUUGAGGUAAAAAUGACCUUGUCAGGACUUUACAAACCAACAGAUUCCUGUUAAAGCCCUCUCUGUACCAAUAAUGUGCAUGCAUCGUACCAUGUAAUCACUUCCGGUUUUGAAUUGGUCAAUAUUAUAUAAGCCUUGCCCUACUUUAGAAAAUGAAGAAAUCUGCAGGAGCCUCUACCACACAGCAUGUACAAAGACCAGUACGAAACUCAUUAUCUUCCCUAUGUAUUGGACACUUGUCUGCAAGCACCAGAAGUACUUACCAAGUAGCGGUUUUCUUUCUCUUAGAUAUGUCUGUACUCUGUCAGCACUUGUAGCGGGAAUCGACUCCUUCUGUUGUCUGUGCCCCUCCGUCCUCUCACAGAAGCCUCCGAUGAUCUAAACCUCGUUUGUAAUAUCGACCUAUGGGCUGUAACUGUUUGGAAUACUGUAUUCCCUUUUUUGUCUCUCUUGUUCUGAAGAACUGUAUUGAUCACAAAGAUAUAUGCAUA